AUGUUAUCUCGAUGUCGUAUAAAUCCAAAUUUUUAAUCAAAUUAUUUGAGAGAAGAUCUUGAAUAUUUCAUCCCUUAAAUGGUUAAUUUUAUGGUAUUCCAUCAAUAAUUAUCAGAUGAAAAUUUAAAACAAUUUGUCUUAAAAGCAUCUUCAUUAGAUUUCUUUUUUGCACAUUUAGUUUAUUUUUAGAUGAAAAGCUUAUCUUAAAUUAUAACACCCCAUGAAACAGUCACUAUUAAUGUCGUCAAGAAAUUUCUUGAUUAUUUUGUAUAUCAAAUGGCACAAAAUUACGCAGGUAAUCUACUAAUUGCUACUCAUAUCCUAUAAAUGAAUUUAGAACUGAGUAACUUAAAAGAGGAUAAUUCAGAUUCUGAUGAAAAUUCUCCAAAAAAAUCAUAAUUAUAAGCUGUUUAUUAAGGAACUACAAAAUAAUAAUCAGUCAAAGUUAAUGAAGCUAUUUAAAAAUAUGGCACACCCGAUUGGCUUAAGUACCAGAAUUCUCAUCCCUAUGAUAAUAGAGUGAAAAAUCCUAAAGAAAUUGAACUUUAAGAUUAUGAGUCAAUAUUUAACUAAGAAAAGAAGGAAAAAACUAUAGAUACAGCAUUUAUAUCAAACAUUUAAUUUUGGAAUGAUAUUAUGAGAAUUUGUGAUGAAUUAUCUAAAGUUCAAACUAAAAAAACAGAGGCUUUACAGGCUUGUUUGUAAAAAAUGAAUAAAAAUUUACCAGCCUCUGUUUAUGUUCCUUUUGUGAAUAAUUAAGUAAGGAAUUAUGCCAUUCUAAAAAUUGUCCCAAAGGAAAGUAAAGUAUUCUCAACUAAAAUGAGAAGUCCCUUUAGUUUAACUUUGGAAUCCUAUAGGCCAGAAAUUGAAGGUUAAAGCAACCAUAAAUUUAUUGAGAAGAAAAUAUCUCGACCAAUUACUAUGAGUUCAUACAAAUUAUUGUAAAGAACCUAGAGUUAACUAUUUAUUGAAGAUCAUUCUGACAUGGAAAAUAGGAGAACAUUUUCAUCUACAGAUGCAUUAAAAUAAAUUUAGAAUGAGUUUUAAUAGAUCAAAUUCUUUUAAAUGGCUCCUUAAGUUCAUCAUCCGGUAACAUAAGGAACAUCAUAAUUUUAUCAUCAAUAAACAUAAGAUGAAAAUGAUGACGAGUAAAUUGAUCAAUAAAAAUUAAAACCUGAAAUAUCUUCUGCUUAUUCUUUAGAAGAAAAUGUGUAGGCUUUUAGUAUAGAUGAGCAAUCUAGUAUCUCACAGGAAAAGACUGGAGAAGGCAAUUGGUUGACAAGUAAAAUUGGAAAAAAUAGUUUCGUUCAACCUAAUAGAGGUUUAGUCUUAACAACUCAAGAACAUUUAGAAAUGAAAUAAGCAAUCUUUGGUGAGAAUUCACUAGAUCAAUUUGAAAGAAUUAAAUCUUAAUCAAUUUUUUCAUAACUUUAAACUUGGAAUAUUGUUCAUUUAAUCAUAAAAACAGGUGAUAAUCUAAAGCAGGAAUAAUUUGCAUUGUAAUUGAUCUCUUAAUUUGACUAAAUAUUUAAAAAGGAAGGCUUGCCUUUAAAGUUAAGAUACUAUGAAGUACUUUCAAUGGGUCCAGAUUGUGGUAUUAUUGAAAUGAUCAAAAAUGCAACUACUAUUGAUAGUUUGUAGAAACAUUUAAGAAAAGAAUAUACUCAAUUCAAAAAUUUUUCAGAUUUUUUUAGAAGUUUUUUUAGACAUAAAAUCGAUUAGGCUUUGGAUAAUUACGUUCAAUCUUUAGCAGCCUAUGGAUUAGUGUGUUAUUUUUUAUAAGUCAAAGAUAGACAUAAUGGAAAUAUAUUAUUGGAUAGUGAAGGACACUUGAUACACAUAGAUUUUGGUUUCUUUUUGUCAAUAGCUCCAGGAAAAGGAGUAGAGUUUGAAAAAAACUUUUAGGAGGAGGAAAAUUUCAGAAAAUUAUUUUUCUAAGGGUUUAAGGCAUGUUAAAAACAUUAAAAAGAGAUCUUACUUCUAGCUGAGAUGAUGUAUACAGGACAUGGAACAACGUUACCUUGUUUUUCAAAGGGAGAAUAGACUUUAAAAGAAUUGUAAUUAAGAUUCAAUCCAAAAGUAUAAUCAUCAGCUGAAUUAUACGUUCAUGUAUAAGAGCUAAUUGACAAAUCAUUGGAUAAUUGGAGAGCAAGAUGGUAUGACAAAUUUUAAUAUUUUGCAUAAGGAAUAUUUUAUUGA